AUGGAUUCUUUGGUGUUGUUACUUGUUGGUGCGGUGGAUCCCGACGGUGAUUCACUCCCCCCAAAUACCAAUUGGUACCAUACACACCAUACAUCCAUCCAUCCAUACAUACCACUGGCUCCAAUUCCAAUACAAAUACUCUCCCUCUCCCUCCUUCGUUUCUCACCUGCUUCUUUCCCUCUCCUCUUCCACCUCACAGUCCGUCCUCUCUUUGACGCUCGGUCAUUCCUUCUUUCCACCCUCAUUCCUUGGGUUUUUUGCUCUAUACUGCUGUGCAGUACGCAUUCCUUAGACUCCUCUGUCGACCAGAGCAUCAAUCCUUCCAAAAGAAAACAGUGA